AUGGGGAAUUGUUCUCUCAAAGGAGCCGUCGAUGAAACCAAUCCCAUCAGGGUUUCAACAGACGCCGGCCGAAUCAUCGAUUUCAAUGGCCCCAAGCUUGCUCGUGAGAUCACAAAUGAUUUUCCAGGCUAUGGUAUCUGCAGAAGAGGCCAGGCUUCAACUCCAUUGCCUGAAGAUGAACGCUUGGUGAAUGGUGGGUUUUAUCAUCUUCUCCCCCUGGACGAGUUUCAGAAAAACGGUGACAAACGAGGCGUCGAGAAAGUUGAAGCGGCUCGUGUCGAUCCGACGAAGAUGUCCUCCGUUGAUUUCGUCGAGAAUGUGUCGUCUUUGUCGGCUAUGGAAGUGUUGUCGUCGGAGAAGUAUGGGGUCUGGAAAGUGAAGUUGGUGAUCGGCAGUCAGCAACUGGAGGAUAUUCUGUCGCAGCAAGUGAACACCGAGGCGUUGAUCGAGAAGAUGAGGAUGGCGGCGGAAGCGGACUCAGGUGUCGCGACUCCACGGCGGAGCAAGUGGUUUUGGUUUUGGUUUUGA